GGUUCUUCUUAGGGUACUUAUAAACUGAGAAAUAGCUGAGUUAUGUCUCCAUUGUCGAAUGAUUACAAGGCCUUGUUUGAACUAAAAUCAAAGCAAAUGUACUACAACAAUGAAGUACAAUCAAUAAGAGAUGAAGUUAUAGGUGAAAUUGGGAUACACCAAGAACUAACCAAUGUAUUAUAUCAGCUAUUAUUUCAAGCCUGCCAUGAAAGAGACGAAGCUAAACAGCAAUUGAAGCAAUCAAUGGUGGAAAUCUCCAAAUUGAAGAAAUUACUCAACAAACUGUUACCAUCAUCCAACUUUUCAGCCGAAACCAAUUCUUCCGACGACGUUUCAUUGACGGCGGAUGAUUGUACUCAUCGGAAAACGUUGAAAGCUUCAUUGGUUGAAAAUUCCGGUUGUCGGAUUCCCGUCAGAAAAUGUUAUUCUAUCGGAAAUGUAAUUGAUGCCCUUAAUGAAGGAAGGCCGUUGCUGGUGAAAGGGAGGUUAUUUGAAGCUGUUAUUGAUACUCCGCCAUUGUUGGAGACGCUUAUGAUUAUGGGUCACCUUCCUAAUUGGCGAAACCCUCCGCCAUUGCCGUUUAAUCUUGUUGUUAAUGAAAUCUCUAAUUCCCAAACAUUGAACUAUAAGAAGUCUAGUGAUGUAAAUGAUGGUAGUUUUUGGCGAACAAUUUAUGAAUGGUGUGGUUUUUGGUUUAUUUAUUAAGUUUAUCUAAAAAAUUGUCUAUGAUUUAUUAAAUUA